AUGUACUCUAAAGCGUUGCUGGUUUUGGCGUUGAGCUUGUUGGUAGCUCAGUGUGCAGCUGGGCCUGUCGGUUUCAUUUUAACUUACGGUGCCUGUCAGACAGCUUGCAAUGCAGCCUACGUGACCUGUUGUACUGCAGCUGGCACCACAGCAGGUCACUUUAUCAAGGCAAGCCCCACCUGUGACAAGUAUCUAGUCAGGGGCAUCAAUAAGUUCAGGACAACCAAUCAAGCAAGUGGGAGAUUCAAGAGAAACGGAGAUAAAAGAGAUUAGUGUUGAUAAAAUGCCACUGAAUUCUGUGAGUUUAAGAAAAAUCGAAACAGUGCGGAAAACUAAACAUUUUCAAACAGAUAUGGAUGUUUAUAUUCCCAAGAGAGUAACUCCUAAAUGUAAACAAAAAAUUCAUGAUAAAUUACUACGAUUGUUUACCGACACCUACCAAUCAUUUAUAAUUGUCGAAGAACGUGCCUUUAGAUACUUUGUUUUUGCUUUGAAUCCUUCAUAUCAGCUUCCAAGUAGACAUACCAUCUCCAGAACCAUGUUACCAGCUAUGUAUGAGAAAGAUCUUAUCGAGUUUUAAAAAAGGCAAAUAAAGUUUGUAUUACAACUGAUUGUUGGACAUCCAUUAAUACAGAGAGUUUUAUGACUGUGACCGCUCAUUUCCUAAACGAUGGUUUCCAGAUGGUUUCACUUUUACUAGAAUGUUUCACUUUGGCUGUUCAACACACAGCAACUAAUCUAGCAGAAGAGCCAAGAAGAGUUGUUACAGAAUGGAAAAUCCAAAAUAAUCUUUUGAUAGUAGUUUCAGACAAUGCGGCAAAUACAAAAGCUGCCAUAAAUGAAUUACGCUGGAAACAGUACGGUUGCUUUGCACAUACGAUUAAUUUAGUGGUAAAUGAUGGAUUGAAAGAAGAUCAGAUCAGCGCAGCUAUCGGACGAGUGAAACAUAUUGUAAAACGUUUCAAACGGAGUCACAUAGCAACGGCAAAAUUAAUAUCAUACCAACAGAAUCAAAUAAAGCAAACCCCUCUAAAACUACUGCAAGACGUAUCCACUCGGUGGAAUUCUACGUACUACAUGUUGGAAAGAUUAAUUAUUUUGGAGGAAGCUGUUAAAGCUGCUGUGUCAAUAAUUAAUAUGGAUUUGAAACAUCACUUCACAGUCCAGGAGUGGGUAAUUAUUAAGCAACUAACACAAGUGCUCAAACCGU